AUGUUUCUAUCUGGACUGCUCCCUCCUAGGGGAUGGCAAAGGGCUGCAGCGGAGCCAGCUCAGAGGCUGGUGACUUUUAAAGAUGUGGCCGUGUAUUUCACAGAGGCUCAGGGGGCUCUGCUGGACCCGGAACAAAGAGCCCUGUACAGAGAGGUCAUGAUGGAGAACUAUGAGAACGUGGUUUCAUUGGGUUUUCCAGUUCCCAAGCCUCACCUCAUCUCUCGGCUGGAAAGAGGGGAAAAUCCAUGGGUGCCACUUUCUCGGGCCUUGGAUGACAGUAACCAAUCAGGUGGCAUUAGAAAAAAGAACUCGUGCCGCAAGUGUGGGAAACGUUUUGCUCAGAAAUCAGACCUGGUCAUACAUCGGAUAGUCCAUAUGGGUGAGAAACCCUUCAAGUGCUUGGAGUGUGGCAAGUAUUUUGUGCACCAUUCAGAGCUUGUGAAACACCAGCGAGUCCACACAGGAGAGAGACCAUUUAAAUGCCUGGAGUGUGGGAAAUGUUUUUCUCGUCAGUCAGUCCUUGUGAAUCACCACAGAAUCCAUACGGGAGAGAAGCCCUAUAAAUGCUCAGAUUGCGUAAAAUGCUUUACACAGAGAUCACAGCUGGUCAGACACCGAAGGGUCCACACAGGAGAGAAACCUUACAAAUGCCUGGACUGUGAGAAAUGUUUUGCUCGUCACUCAGUCCUUAUAAAUCACCAAAGAGUCCACACAGGGGAAAAGCCAUAUAAAUGUUUAGAGUGUGAAAAAUGUUUUGCUCGUCAGUCAGUCCUUGUCAACCAUCAGAGAGUCCACACGGGUGAGAAACCAUAUAAAUGCCUGGAGUGUGGAAAACUUUUUGCUCACCAGUCCAACCUUGUGAAUCACCAGAGAGUUCACACAGGAGAGAAACCAUACCAAUGCCUGAAGUGUGGCAAGUGUUUUGCCCAACAAUCUGACCUUGUGAAACACCGGCGGAUCCAUACAGGAGAGAGACCCUAUAAAUGCCUGGAGUGUGGAAAAUGUUUUGCUAUACAUUCAGAUGUGGUGAAUCACCAGCGAGUUCACACAGGAGAGAAACCUCAUAAAUGCCAGGAGUGUGGGAAAUGUUUUGCUCAACGUUCUGCCCUCGUGAGCCAUCAAAGAGUCCACACAGGAGAAAAACCCUACAAGUGUUUGGAGUGUGAGAAAUGUUUUGCUCAGCUAUCAAAUCUUGUGAAACAUCAACGAGUCCACACAGGAGAGAAACCCUACAAAUGCUUGGAGUGUGGAAAAUGCUUUGCUCGACAUGCACACCUUCGUGUACACCACAAAGUUCACUCUGGAGUGAAAUCCUAUGAACGUGGCAAAUGUGGCAAGAGCUUUAUAGAAAAAGGAAACUUUAUUCAAUAUCAGAUAGCAAACACAGGUGAAAUAAUACAAGGUUAGUAAAUUAUUUCCCUGAGGUAAUCUUUUUGCUGCAUCU